UGCGUGGGCAUGCGCGACGGGCCCAGGGCGCGCGUUGGCAGGUGUCCGGGCGGGUGGCGGCGGGCGAUGGGACGACCGGCGGUGCUGCUGCUCGCGCUGUGCGCAGCCGGCGCCCGGGGACUCUACUUCCACAUCGGCGAGACCGAGAAGCGCUGCUUCAUCGAGGAGAUCCCCGACGAGACCAUGGUCAUCGGGAACUACCGCACCCAGAUGUGGGACAAGCAGAAGGAGGUCUUCCUGCCUUCGACCCCCGGCCUGGGCAUGCAUGUGGAGGUGAAGGACCCGGAAGGCAAGGUGGUGCUGUCCCGGCAGUACGGCUCCGAGGGCCGCUUCACCUUCACCUCCCACACGCCCGGUGACCAUCAGAUCUGCCUCCACUCGAACUCCACCAGGAUGGCUCUCUUUGCCGGCGGCAGGCUGCGCGUGCACCUGGACAUCCAGGUUGGGGAGCAUGCCAACAACUACCCCGAGAUUGCUGCCAAGGACAAACUGACCGAGCUCCAGCUCCGAGCCCGCCAGCUGCUUGAUCAGGUGGAACAGAUCCAGAAGGAGCAGGAUUACCAGAGGUAUCGCGAAGAGCGCUUCCGUCUUACCAGCGAGAGCACCAACCAGAGGGUCCUGUGGUGGUCCAUUGCUCAGACGGCCAUCCUCAUCCUCACUGGCGUCUGGCAGAUGCGCCACCUCAAAAGCUUCUUCGAGGCCAAGAAGCUGGUGUAGUGCCGUCUUCGUAUGAUCCCUCCCCGUCACCUCAAUUACCUGGUACUUUCCCCACCCACUACCUUAUCCAUCUGGAUUUUGAGAGAAAAAAAUGAAAAAAGAAUACAAGCCACAUGGGUUCCAUGGCAACAAAGCACUCACAUGGGUUCUCAAGGACCCAGGACAUUGGUCCGAGUUUUCAAAGGGCUGUUUUGGGGUUUGUGCAGAGUCGAAACUGACCCGGGACGAAGUCUCGCUGCUUUCACCUCCAGUGAUUCCCCUCUAUCCUGUCACAAAAAGAGCAAGUGAAAAAAACCUCUGCUGUUCCUUUAACUUCUCUCUUUCCGUCUACUUAGGCAGCAGGCGGCUGAAAUGCCCCACCAGGGAGUCCCUGCCUCACUGUUCCCUCGUCAGAGUCCUGGGUUUGCUCCGUGGCUUGGUGAAUGUAAAUAAGGGGCAGAGGCCUCAGAGGAUUGAAAUGUUUUUCUAUAUAUUAGAACUAUUUUUUGAUAAAUUAUAUAUAUUUUACUUCCUAGUUGAAGUGUUCAUGCCUGUGUGUGAGUAGCUGAAAAGACCAGUGCGGCCUCGUGUGCAAUCUGUGUAUCUGUACGUUUUUGCUGAGGGCCCUAGCAGCUCUCAGACACCACGGGUGCUCUCAAGGCCUUCUGAGAGGGCCAAGCAGGGAUUCCCCGGGACACCUGGGAUUUCCAUGCCGUGGGGCCCCAGACUGAGGUAGUGGCGGAGCACGCGCAGGCAGGGCCCUCCUCCCCUCGCUCUUCUCUUCACUUUUAUUUAAACUGUGCUAAAUGUUUUCUUCACAGGAACCACAUUUGGUUCUUCAUACGGAUUUUUCCAGUGAAAUAAAACGUGUUGUAGUA